AACUAACGCGGCUAACGCGGCGGAAAUCUCGUUUGAAGUGAAUCUCUCUCCUGCAAGACUCCUCCUGCAACCCACCGCCGACGGCGGAACUCUCUCGGUUCUCGGUUCGUAUCGGAGAGGGAGGAGAGAGAGGGCCAGGCGGGCGGUGGUGGAUGAAUACCUCUCAAUACCUCACGUGAUCACUUCAGCUGCACGCAAAUACAUGACGCAGCUCAGAUAUGUCCACGGAAGCAUCAGGCACAGAAGCAUCAGGCACAGAAGCAUCAGGGUGUCGCUUUCGUCUAGAAUACAUGUAUGGACACAUCAAGACCGGAGGUGUAUGGCACGUUGUUGUGUACGCAGAGGGUCGUUCGUACACAGCAAUGCAGCAGCAGCAGGCAGUGGAUGCCGUGGGAUACGCUGAUGCGGACUUUGCAAGCAAGGCAGCAGACCGUAGGUCGGUAUCAGGGGGGAUCGUGACGUGUGGAGGAGGCGCUGUGUCUUGGUUUUCCAGAACGCAAAAAUGCGUCACGCUUUCGACGACAGAAGCAGAGUACGUCGCGCUAGGCGACGUAGUGAAGGAGAUUUUGUUUUUGAGGCAGAUUUGGCGUUUCAUGUUGCCGCAGGUCGGCAUGCCGUGCAUCCCCGUCUUCGAGGACAACCAGGGGGCGAUUCAACUAGCGCAGAACCCCAUCUCAAACUCGAACUCGAAGCACAUUGAUGUAAGGCACCAUUUUCUCAGGGAACUGGUAGAGAGGAAGGAGAUUUCGGUGAUUCACGUGCCGUCUCCGUACCAGCGUGCAGACUUUCUUACGAAAAGUUUGCCCAAGGAUGCGUUCGAGUCUCACCGUGAUUUUGUGAUGAAUUUGGCAUGA